AGCACUUAAUAAGUGUUUUCAUUGAGUAUAGUUACAGAACAGCUGCAGACAUCUUAAGUGCUUCUGUUCAUUUUUUUUUUUCUUUGUAGUUUGGAACUGAAAAAUCUCAGAAGAAAACUGGACACUGACAGAGAUCUGGGGGAUUCCUCCACGGUGCACUCUCCUGCCAGGGGCACUGCUUUUGGGGGGUAGGAAUGAUGACAGGGGCAAAAAGGAAAAGAAGUACAGUCUGGAGGAAGAUCCAGGCUGUUCGCUUUGAAGAUAUCAAAGCCUGGUGUAUGAGAAGGCUGCCUGUCUUGGAAUGGGUGCCUGUCUACAACUGGAAGGAAAAUUUGGUUCCUGAUACUGUUUCUGGGAUGAUGCUAGCCAUCCAACAGGUGACUCAAGGGCUGGCCUUUGCUGUUCUGUCUUCAGUCCAUCCAGUUUUUGGUUUAUAUGGAUCUUUUUUCCCUGUCAUUAUUUAUGCCAUAUUUGGAAUGGGACGUCAUGUUGCAACAGGAACUUUUGCUUUAACUUCCUUAAUAUCUGCCAAUGCAGUUGAGCGUCUUGUUCCUUCAGUCAGAACUAAUUUCACGGCAAACAAUAAUUCAGGAAUUUUGGGUUUGUCAGAAUUUGAAAUGCAGAGGAUUGGAGUUGCAGCAGCAGUUUCAUUUCUAGGAGGAAUCAUUCAGGUAGUGAUGUUCAUGCUGCAGCUGGGCAGUGCCACUUUCUUGUUAACAGAACCCGUCAUAAGUGCCAUGACAACAGGAGCAGCUACACACGUCGUGACUUCACAAGUGAAGUAUCUGCUGGGGAUGAAAAUGCCAUAUAUGUCAGGGCCACUGGCAUUUUUUCAUAUUUAUGCCUAUGUGUUUGAGAAUAUCAGAUCAGUUCAGUUGGAGGCAUUACUUCUCUCCUUGCUGAGCAUUGUGGUACUUGUUCUCGUUAAAGAGCUGAAUGAGAAAUUUCACAGAAACAUUAAAGUUGUCCUUCCCAUCGAUCUACUUUUGAUAAUUGCUACAUCCAUGGCUUGCUACUAUGCUGAUAUGGAAUACAUCUACGGGAUAGAAGUUGUGGGAAAUAUUCCUAAAGGGUUGCCAUCACCAAAAGCACCACCCAUGAGUGUCCUGCCUGAAGUAGUCACUGAAGCUUUUGGAGUGGCACUGGUUGGUUAUGUAGCCUCUCUAGCUCUUGCUCAAGGCUCUGCUAAAAAGUUUAAAUACACUGUGGAUGACAACCAGGAAUUUUUGGCUCAUGGCCUCAGCAACGUGAUUCCUUCAUUUUUCUUUUGCAUACCAAGUGCUGCAGCGAUGGGACGGACGGCACUGUUGUACAGCACGGGAGCCAAAACACAGGUGGCUUGCCUUAUCUCUUGUGUAUUAAUUCUUGUGGUGAUCUACACAAUUGGACCUCUGCUGUACUGGCUUCCUAUGUGUGUGUUAGCAAGCAUUAUUGUUGUGGGCUUGAAGGGGAUGCUAAUGCAGUUCCGUGACUUAAAAAAAUAUUGGAAUGUGGAUAAAAUAGACUGGAGCAUCUGGGUUAGUACCUAUGUGUUUACAAUAUGCUUUGCUGCUAACGUGGGACUGCUGUAUGGCGUUGUGUGCACUAUAGCAAUCGUGAUUUUCCGCUUUCCCAGAGCAAAGACACUGAAUUUGAAAAAUAUGAAAGAGGUGGGAUACAAAUACAAAGCAGAAGAUAAUUGUGAAUCACUAAAACAAGUAAAAAUAGUUUCAGUCAACAGCCCAUUAGUCUUUUUGAAUGCCAGAAAAUUUCGCGCUGACCUGUUAAAGAUAAUCCAGAAGGAUGGCAUGAGCAGUCAGUGUGAGCAGAAUACAUUGCUCUGUUCAUUUUCCAAUGGAAGUUGCCAUGGUGAGUUGGUGCAGCCAUGUCACAGUGAGCGACAUGUUUUGAUAUUAGACUGCAGUGGACUGAAUUUCUUUGACUACACUGGAGUCUCCGUGCUUCUUCAGAUUUACAUGGACUGUAAAACCAGAUACAUCGAUGUGUUGCUAGCACACUGCAAAGGUUCUUUGAUAAAAGCAAUGCAGUACGGUGGAAAUCUUGACUCUGAAAAUCCUGUAUUUUUUGAAUCUAUUUCUUCAGCAAUUGAGGCCAUUCGGAUUCACAGGAAUUACAGCAAGUUCAGUGAACAGAGUGAAGUGUGAUGCCCACCCAUUGAGCAUAGCAAGUUUCAUCUGCUCAUAUUCAAAAUGAACUACAACAUGGCUACUCCUUCACUUUCUUUAUCCAGUGGAUCUCAUAGAUGAUCUUUUGUAUACCAUAUAUAUUUAGUACAUUCAGUAAUGACAGUUCUACCUUUCAGAGAGAAAAUCUUUCAGCUGUGAUCACUCAGAGAAUUUUUAUGCAAUUGUUUUAUAGUGUUUUAUAAAAUGUUUUUAUAUACAUUUAGAUACAAAUUAUUAGAAAGACAUGAGGUAUUGGGUUUACCAGUAAGGUGUAUUCAUUUAGGUAUCUUGUAUUGUAACAAUAGUUGUAAUAUGCAUCUGUAGUUUUGUGUAUGUAAUAGAGACAUGAAUUCUUAAAAGAGUAUAAUUGAUACAGUAUCUGCAGCAAGGCAUCUACCAAUGCAUACAUUUUCUAAUGGCUUUACUUUGUUUAAGACAGCCAUUUUCAGUAACAGGAUCACAUCACAGUUAUCACAUGCUUCCACUUUUUGUACUUAGUUUUGUAUGCUUUUUAACACCUGCCCAGAUCAGUGGGAGAACUUACAAGUGUAUGUAGAAAAGGCAGAUACAUGUUGACUAAGAACACUGGAUUGCCUCCCUCUAUAUUUGUUGUCUUGUGCUGUUAUGGUUUGCUACAUUUUCAAAGCCACAGAUGUUCUUUAGCUCAGUCUGAAGAGGAAAAACUGGUAAUCUUAUAAUUUUUUCCAGCACGUUUUUUUCCAGUUUGAACUGUGAUUUGUUUGGUGUUGAAAUCUUCAGCUGAGGAAGCUGAAAGGUAACCAUAGUGACACAUAAGGUGUGUGUCACACUUCAGCCACAAUCCUGAUGUGAUGUGCAGUACACUGUGUGUGAGCACACAAAGUGGGUGGUGGUACUCACUGGUUGAGUAUUUGGUUUUUAUUUAUGGGUUGUCAGCAAUUGUAUUAGAUCAUACUAUCAUAUAGAUACCAUGUUAUUUGGCAAUAUAUUAAGGUCUUCCAGUACCUGAAGGGAGCCUAAAAGACACAUGGAGAGACUAUUUGCAAGAGCAUGUAGUGAUAGGACAAGGGGAAUGGCUUCAAACUGGAAGACAGUAGGUUUAGACUAGAUAUUAGAAGAAAAAUUCUUCACUGUGACAAUGGUGAGGCACUGGAACAGGUUGCCCAGGGAAGUUAUAGAUGCCCUGACUCUGGAAGUGUUCAAGGUGAGGUUGGAUGGAGCUUUUAGCAACUUGUCCCAGUGGAAGCUGUCCCUGCAAAUGGCAGGGAGAUAGAACCAGAUGAUCUUUAAGGGCCUUUAAAACCUAGGCCAUUCUAUGAUUCUAUGUAUGAUUUUUCUCCUCUUGCCUUUUCCCUUACGUGAACACCAGCAGUAAAAUGUGAGUUUAGCUAAAAGGAAUCAUCAAAUGAGAAAGAUAAGGAAAUAGAGGUUUUUGGUUUUUUUCACCAACUUAAAAAAAAUCUAUGGAAGCUAAAGGUAAAUGAAUAUGGCACAGCCAUAACAGCCAUCUUACACUACAGAGAGGAGGGAAGUACAAGGAGGCUUUGUGCAGCUGACACAUACAGGCAAGAUCUAGUUCCAAGCAUUCUGUUUUCAGCAGCAGUUACAUCUGUAUGUUUGUCUGGACCCUCCUUGCUCUCUCUGCCCAAAGCUGCUGCCUGCAGGAGAUGAGGUGGAUCAUGGAGUGACUUUUGCAUCUCUGCAUAGUUAAGAUAUUGAUAUGCUUUUCCUCAAGUCUUGGUCACUCCACACUAGUAGAUGAUAAUGGGAGAGAGCCACAGGGUUUUUUGCCCUUUCAAUUAUGAGUGACUUUUGUAGUUAUUCCCUGCUUUGUUCCACAGAGGACUAGAAAUGUUCUGUACAAGUUCUUUUGAGACUGCUUUGGUAAUUACUAUGCAAAAGGCUGAUAAGUAACUGUGAGAAACUCAUUAUAUGCAGGAGAAAUAAAUUCUGUAUAUUGUCCCAAGCACAUUAAUUUCAGAUGCUGUAGUUGAUUGCAAAUGGUUCAUUACAUCACUGGACUCAGUAACAGGCUAUAACAUUUGAUUAAUAAUUUCCUGAAACAGUUUUAGUAAUUUAUUAACACUUUAGAAACUAUUUACAAUGUACUUUAAUCGUAGAAGCAUCAAUUUUAUGUCACAGCUGAAUGGAGAUUUCUACUUAACUGCAAACUGAAUAAAUGAAUAAAUGGUAUCUUUUCUACUAGGUUCAGCAUUUGUUCU